UCCAUGGUGAUGAUAACACUAGACCGCUACAACGUGAUUGUUAGAGGUAUGGCAGCUGCACCUUUGACCCACAAGAAAGCCACUCUGCUCCUCCUGUUUGUCUGGAUCUGGUCAGGUGGUUGGACUAUCCUGCCUUUCUUCGGAUGGAGCAGGUAUGUUCCCGAGGGUAACUUGACAAGCUGUACUGUAGAUUAUCUUACCAAAGACUGGUCCUCCGCUUCUUACGUCAUCAUCUACGGAUUAGCUGUUUACUUCCUUCCUCUUAUCACUAUGAUCUACUGCUACUUCUUCAUCGUCCAUGCCGUAGCUGAACAUGAGAAACAACUUCGUGAGCAGGCCAAGAAAAUGAACGUCGCUUCACUCAGAGCGAACGCUGACCAACAAAAGCAGAGUGCUGAAUGUCGUCUUGCUAAGGUU